CACAACUGCAUUCAAACUGCUGCUUUUGUUAUCUGAACGUAUUUGUGGAUUCAUUCUACGGAAUCCGGGAGCCUUACGCCCUUACCCAAACCAUCCUACUCAUUACUCAACGACAAUGUCGUCAGGAAACUUUACCAACGCCACAUCUCAACAGCUGAUCAGACCUGCCACGGACGCUGGGCCAUGGUCGUUGGAGCAUUUCAUCCAGCUGCUGCAUGCGUGUGGACACUUGCUGGCGCAUUACGCAACCUGGGAACGUUUCUUCAUUUUUAUCCUGUGUGUCCUGGCGAUAGAGUUUUGUCGACGCUUACGGAAAUUUUCCGGCUUGAGUGACUACCACAUCAUGAUGGCGAAAGAGAUGGAGGCGAUCAGCGGUAUUCGUGAGGAAAUUGAGGCAGGCCGCAUCGCUGGAGCCAAGAAGAUCCAGUACAACUUCAGCAUCACUUGGACCCUGCCCAAAGCCAAACAGCCCACGGCCCAGCACUACGCCCAUACCGGGAAUCGUUCGGUGCAUUUCUUGGACAGCAGCGCCAGUCUGUCGGAGAGCGAUGUCAGCUUGAAUCUCCCACCGGUCCCCUGCACUCCCGUUUCGCGCAAGAAAUCCACCUUCUCCGUAGGCCGCAUCCGCGACUCCAUCGGGUUGGCGCGCCACCGUAUGACCGGACCGAAAAAAAACCACUUGGACACUUAAACACGGAUACGUUCGGCAUUGCACCAUUGUACGACGUCAGCAACGGGAAAUGGGAUGGAACUUGAUUUCACCUUCUUUUAAUUCUUAUGAGGGUACUUCCAUUAGUUCGGGUUUUCUUUGUCGAUAGUUUGCUGAAUGCCACCUUGUUUUUUCGAAUCGGUUAGCUUUCUGUCGCACACGCAUGCUGAAAUGAAAGUGCAAAUUACUGAUAAAUAUAUUUUGCGCUGAGCAUGGAUACGUAAAUAGUGUUGGAAAAUGGUUUUUAAGUGUGCCUGUUGUUGAUUUUGUCAACUUGUUGCAUUAGACUUUGUUGCAAUAAAGUUCGA